AUGAGUGCUCUGCAUGGAGCAGUGGCAGGAGCUGGGCACAGCGAGCCCAGCACAGCAUCAGUGGGAUCUGGUGCUGCCCCAGCAGGGCCUUCAGAGCCCCCCAGUGUCAGCCCGGGCUCCAAGCUGCCCGCUCUGGAGCAUGGCUCUGAUGCUGCGCACCCUGCUGGCAUCACCUUCACAUCCCCAUCCCACCCGCUGGCUUCCACCAGAGCUGUGCAUGCGGUCAGCUCCCAGCCUGUGCCCUGUGAUGCUCAGCCCGUGUCCAGGCGCUCCGUCACCUCCCAGCAAUCCUCCACAGGCACAGAGCAUCUCCCUGCACAUGAGCUGAUACCCACGGGCAAACCCGGCUCCCUGGCUCCAUCCCACCCCUCUGCUGCUCAUGUGCUGCCCUUGCAGUUCCGGCUUUUGGGCAUUACUUACACGGAGGCUCUGAGCACCAGGGCUUCAGAGAGCUACAGGCGGCUGGAGGAGGAAGUGAUGCUGAUGCUAAACCAGACCCUGUCCAUCUAUGAGACCUUCCUGCGGGCAACAGUCCUAGGCUUUAUGAACGGCUCGGUGGUGGUGCGAGCGCAGGCUCUGUUCCGGGGGGAUGCUCCUGCUCCCAGCAGCUCCCACCUCAUCCGCACCAUGGUCACGGAGGCGAGCAGAGGAAGGAGCUCCUUCAGCUGGCAGCUGGAGCCGUGGUCGGUCCAGUCCGGUGGGUUCAGCCUGCAGAACCUGGCCCCGGAGAAGCUGUCCAUCUCCUUCACUGUCCUCCAGCCUGGCAGCAGCAGGACAGACCCCCUGGGGGGGCUGAUCAGCAAGGUGACCGAGUCUCUUGGUGCCCUUCACCGUGUGAGGAACUUCACCAUCACCCAGCUCAGAACCCACAGUGGGGACCUGGAGCUCACCGGAGACGUUUACCUUGACACCAUCGCCCAUGCGGAUGUUCCGGAGGCUCUGCGAGCCCUGACAGCUCUGAGAGCCUGCUCUGUGGACCUGACCUCGCUCUCGCUGCAGGGAGCCAGGCUGCACCUCCAGCUGUACCCGCUCGCCCUCCUCAUCACCAACAGGCGCUUCAGUGAGCACCUCCUGGACCCACGCUCUGCAGAGCACCGGGACCUCAGCAGGGGCAUUGGGGAUGCGGUGGCGAAAGCCCUGAGGGACCACAGGAGCUUCCUGCAAGUGCUGAUAAGAGCAUUCCUGCCAGGCUCCUUGAUCUGCCAUGGGGACUUGGUCUUCCUGCACCCAGCUCCAAGCAGCCUGGAAGUGUUGGAGGCGCUCGUGCUUUCGGUUGGGUCAAACAAGGCUUUGGCUGGUUCGGACUUCCAGGUGGAUCCGUACUCCCUUGCUGUAGGAGAGGACAGCCUGGAGCCUCCCCUGCCCGAGCCGGGCUUCCCAGAGUAUGGUGUGGCCAUCGUGGUGGUGUGUGGCCUCGUUAUCAUCACUGUUCCUGUCGUCUUGCUGCUGGUAAGGGCCCUGAGGCUGAGGUGGUGGCAUGUGGCACCCCUCUGGGACAGAAGAGACCCUGGAGCAGGGGUCCAGACCCUGGAAAUGGAUAACCAAGGCUUCUGGGCAUCCUCUGAGCAGGGUGCUGGGGAUGCUCAGCCACGUUGGCAAAGCUCCCCUGCCUGAGGAGAGGAAACGCAGCUGAUGGGGGAGCCUGAGGAGCAGCUAUGGGGGGAGAGAUGCCAAGAAGCCGUCCCUGCUCCCUGGGGGAUGCAGGCUCAGGGGAUAGAGGAAGAAAACUGUAUGUUGGACUUUAUUAAACUGUUUAUAAGAUGCCAAAGGCAGU